AUGCCCAUUACACGCGCAACGGCUCUGGCCAUGAGCGACGACGCCGCCGAUGAGUCGACACAGCCGCGCGCGUCGCGCUUCAAGGAACACACAAACACCAACGGCAGCAUACGACCGCCGCCAGACGAGCUAUGGAAAGACAUUGGCAUCGAAGAGCUGAUCGAGCAGUUCAACGAGGAGAACGCGAAGCCGCCGACGUCGAGAAAGAGCUCUGCGAACCGCAUGCCCCGCCUGGUCAAGUCGGCUUCUUCGAGGGCUGCUUCUGGUAGCGGGACCCCUACGGAAUCCAGCUUUAGCACAAGCGUCCAGGCAUCGGCAACCGCGCCGACAGAGACGACUUAUGCCCGCCUCCAGCGCGCGUUCGCUUCCAUGUUCGGCAGUGUUCUGGGCAAGCGCAAAGCUGGGAACGCAGACGCGGAGCGGGAGAAGGACCAGCACCAGCAACUACUCGACCAGCGCAAGAGGGAUGCCGAAAUCGCCUAUCACGAAGCGAAGGACCUGGGUCUUCUUCCUCAACCAAAGGUCUUUGUACGACCCGCUAUGAGGUCGCGGCAGUUUGGUACCCCAUCCCAGCCUGUUGCCGCUGAGAAGAUGCAGCUUGGCCUGACCGCAGCCAUGGCAGAGGCAGCGACCCCAAUCCGCACACCGCGAACACCAACCCUCCGCCACACCCCCAGCAAGAAAGACCUGCACAAGCAGAAGAAGCUUACGAAGCGCGUCUCUGACCUCGAAUACAAGCUCGCCUCUGCGAAGAAGGAGCUCCAGACCGUCCUCUACAACGACAUACCGCCCGUCCCACGCAUCCCCGACUUCGCACCACCCACCCCCGACGUCACCCCGAGCGAAAACGAAGACCCAUCACGAAACACAACCCCUGUCGAAGUUGAGCCACCCGCCAGCAUCGGCAAGAUCGUAAAGAAGCGCAAAGCCACCAUCCACGACUCGGACGGCGAGUACAAGCCCAUACCCACCGACUCCGAAGGCGACAUCGACAUGCUCUCCGCUGCAUCCGCCUCUGAAGCCGAAGUGUCGGAGCGCACCGAGCGCAGUAUAAAGCGCGUCAAGAGCACCGCCAACAAGAAGAGCCCCCGACGAUCUAGUUCGAGGCUCACCAAGAGAUUCUCGAGGAGUAAUCUCAAGAGCGAAGAGCCUGUGCGUGUUGUGCCUGAUGGUAGGGACGUUCCUGACGUGCCUAGUAUACCGCGUGAGAUGGAGGGCAAGGGCAAGAAGGUCAAGGUUGGGGAUGAUGGGUUUGGGGGGUUGGGCCAUGAGAUCUUUUGA